CAUCUGCAACUCGCCAUCAGUUGGCGAGUUAAGUCAGUCAAGUCUUGGACGGUCGUGAGCGUGAGCCGAGAGAAGAUGGUGUUGACUUGUAUAAUCCUAGACAGGUGCAAGUUGAUAGGGCGGGGCUGUUACGGGACCGUUUACGAAGGGACGUGGAUGAACAGAAAAGUGGCCGUCAAGCGAAUUCAAAUCGAAAACGUUGAAAACAGCAAAGGAGGAGAAGAAGCUCUGCAGAAAUUAGAUCAUCCAAAUGUCGUCAAACUUUAAUCACGUUGAAAGCGACAGUGAUUUCAGAUAUUACGCACUGGAACUGUGCCAAUUAUCGCUGAAUCAACUAUUCAACGGUGACGAGGCCCAGAAAAAGUAUCAAGAGAAAAUGCCCCCAGAAGAAGAAGUUUGCCUCCAGUUGGCCAAGGGAUUGGCGCAUAUUCACGAAAAGGGAUUCAUCUACUGGGAUAUUAAACCCCAAAAUGUUUUCAUUUCUCUCCAUCAUCCGACUGAUGGAGGAAAUGUGUCGAUGAAAUGGGCCGAUUUUGGAUUAAGUUCGCCACUCAACGACAGGGGAAGUUUCUCGACGACCGAGCACAACACACGGCCCGAUAAUUGGCUGGCCCCUGAAAUCUUGCAGAUAAAAAACAAUUUGGAUCGAACAACGCCCCUUCGUCAAGAAGGAACCGUUAAAAGUGACGUUUUUUCCGCCGGUCUCAUUUUCGGCUUUUAUCUUUUAAAAGGACGUCACCCCUACGGCUCACAGUUCAAUAUCCCCGCCAACAUUGUCAAUGACACGCCAGUCAAUUUGAAAGCCAUGGAAGAGCAAAAACAUCCCAUGCACGCUGUCAUCAUGGACAUGUUGAAGAACAAUCCCAACGAGAGGAUUUCAUCGGUCGACGUCAUAACAAGAAUCGCCAACAUUUCAUAGCAAAAACAAACAAAAAUUGAUCUGACUCGCAUUAAAUCAAUUACGACAGGCCAAAAACAAAAAAAUGAUUCUACGUUACUGUCUUUAUUCGCAAUCAAAUUUCCAAUAGUGCUCCAAAUGACUAAGAAAAUUAAUUUGAUUCCUUCACUUGUCUUUUAUCUAUUAUCUGUAUUGCAAAAGGACUUAUGCGGACGUAUGUGAUGCACCCCCAUUUUCUAUUUCCUGCGGAUGGUGACGAUAAAAUGAAAGAUUUAGUUGACAUUUAUCUCACUCAGACUAUAUGCAGUUCUUUUUGGGUCGGUUGAGAUUUCGUUCGUGGUAUUUCUCAUUCCGCUUUUGGGGACAUGGCGGAUGCUGCGGCUAAUCAAAAAAUUUAAGCGCCGACGGUUGAUGAUGUUGGUGACGGUAUAAUCAUAAACGCCUCCACAUCCCGGAAAGUCUCUAAUGGCUGACGGGACAUCAGACGCCACGUACAAAUUAGCGGCAGUGGACCACGACUCACGAAAAUCCACCAGAGAAUUGCUAAAACUUUUGGAUGGGAUCAAAGUGCCUCGGUAUUGGAAUUUAGUGGAUACGUCAGAGAUUUUACUGUUUGUUAGAAAAUGAGCUUAAUGAAUUUUGUACAGGUGAAAAUAAUAUUUGACAUGCAUUAGGCAAUGAUAUUUGGGCUGGGGAGAUAUUUUUAUAAUUCAAUAAUUCAAUGAGUUUGAAAUGA